AGAUGCCCUGGUGACCAGUGUGGUGAACUGCAUGACGAGCUUUGUUUCGGGAUUCGUCAUCUUCACAGUGCUGGGGUACAUGGCUGAGAUGAGGAAUGAAGAUGUGUCUGAGGUGGCCAAAGAUGCAGGCCCCAGCCUCCUCUUCAUCACAUACGCGGAAGCUAUAGCCAACAUGCCAGCGUCCACGUUCUUUGCCAUCAUCUUCUUCCUGAUGUUAAUCACACUGGGCUUGGACAGCACAUUUGCAGGCUUGGAAGGGGUGAUCACGGCUGUGCUGGAUGAAUUCCCGCACAUCUGGGCCAAACGUCGGGAGUGGUUUGUACUAGGCUGCUUUCAUGGGAAUGUUGCCCUGAUAUCUGAUAUGCAGAACAUCGGAAGGCUGGCCCCGCCUACAUGUGAUGCCACUGUGUCUCCUCCAGAACUUGCAAUGGCAAAGAAGUCAAACCCUUAUUGGCAAUUUUUUUGGGGUUCACACUCUCCUUUCCAGGGCGGGGCCUACGUGGUGAAGCUGCUGGAGGAGUAUGCCACAGGGCCUGCAGUGCUUACGGUUGCACUUAUAGAAGCUGUCGCUGUGUCUUGGUUCUAUGGCAUCACUCAGUUCUGCAGUGAUGUGAAGGAAAUGCUUGGCUUCAGCCCUGGAUGGUUUUGGAGGAUCUGCUGGGUGGCCAUCAGCCCUCUGUUUCUCCUGUUCAUCCUUUGCAGUUUUUUGAUGAGCCCGCCACAGCUACGACUUUUCCAUUAUAAUUAUCCGCACUGGAGUAUCAUCCUGGGGUACUGCAUAGGAACUUCAUCUGUCAUCUGUAUCCCCACAUACAUAGCUUAUCGGCUGAUUAUCACUCCAGGGACAUUUAAGGAGCGCAUUAUUAAAAGUAUCACUCCAGAAACACCAACAGAAAUUCCCUGCGGGGACAUCCGCUUGAAUGUUGUGUAA